GAGAGCGGAGGAGACACGCGUCUUCUUGUCUCUUUUGGGGAUUUUCGCAAGACCAAAAGACGUAUCACCGCCUAAGCUUGCUUGCUUUCUCUCAAAUGUAAUAAGCAGCACCUGCUUCGAGGGAAAAAAUGGGAGGAUGUUACGGAUAUCUCACCUGACGUCGAUUCUCUGCAACAUUUUUCUCUGACCGUUAUACGCGACGCGGCAUUCUGAACGAAAACUUUUUUUGCCGCCUUAAAUUUUUUAAAAAUAAAAUCCGUUAAAACUUAGUCGCGAUGGUUUUACAGUGGUGUUAUGACAUCAGCGUGGAUCGGACGCGUUUUAGUCGAAUAUCUCUGCACUUGAAAGCGGUUUGCGUGUGUUUGAUUUAAGGACAAAUCAUAGAAAGGUACUGUACGUAUUUUAAUUUAUUUUUCUGUAUUGUUUCCUUUAUUAAAAUAAAUAAUGCAGAAUAUCUAAGCAACAAGCGUCGCCAUACGAUGCGCACUUUCCCAAGGAAUAACGCAUCCUUCUGUUCUUGGAGAAAACCUCAACGUAUUUCCACAUCAACCUUACUUUGAAAGGCUCUAUGGCCGUUAUUGAUAUCGAUUCUGUUUUUGUUUACCAAUAAAUACUGUGAAAAGUGCCUUUUUUCUGUUUCCCAACGACAAGGAGACAUGGCUUGCUUUCCAUGGCGGGUAUUUUGGAUAAUCCAAGCGCUUGUGGAUGUGACACUUUCGCAGGAAAUCUACGCUCCUCAUUCAAUCAGAAUUGAGGGGGAUUUGACCCUAGGUGGCCUUUUCCCGGUCCAUGCCCGCGGGGUCUCCGGGGAACCGUGUGGAGAUAUCAAGAAGGAGAACGGGAUACACCGGUUGGAGGCGAUGCUUUAUGCAUUGGACCAAAUCAACAGUGACGACGAGCUUUUGCCCAACAUCACUUUAGGCGCUCGGGUUUUAGACACAUGUUCGCGAGACACGUACGCGUUGGAGCAGUCGCUUACUUUUGUGCAGGCUCUCAUACAGAAAGACACGUCGGAUGUGAGGUGUACGAACGGAGAGCCCCCGGUGUUCGUCAAACCCGAGAAGGUGAUCGGAGUCAUAGGGGCUUCGGCGAGUUCAGUGUCCAUCAUGGUCGCAAAUAUACUGCGACUGUUCCAGAUUCCGCAGAUCAGCUAUGCCUCCACCGCUCCAGAGCUGAGCGAUGACCGCCGGUACGAUUUCUUCUCUCGCGUCGUACCUCCUGACUCCUUCCAGGCACAGGCCAUGGUGGACAUAGUGAAAUCGAUGGGUUGGAACUACGUGUCUACGGUGGCCUCGGAGGGAAGCUACGGCGAGAAAGGAGUCGAGGCCUUCAUGCAGAUUUCCAGAGAAGCGGGUGGAAUCUGCAUCGCUCAGUCCCUGAAGAUCCCUCACGACCACAAGCAGGCUGAUUUUGACAAGAUUAUCCGACAGCUGCUGGAGACCCGUCAUGCCCGGGCAGUCAUUAUUUUCGCUUACGACGAAGACAUUCGGGGGAUCCUUAACGCCAGCAAAAGAGCCGAUCAAGUGGGCCAUUUCCUAUGGAUCGGGUCAGAUAGCUGGGGAGCCAAGAACAGCCCUAUUCAAGGCCUCGAGGACGCCGCUGUUGGUGCCGUCACCAUCCUGCCAAAAAGAGCCACUAUUACAGGUUUCGACACCUACUUUACAUCACGCACACUGGAGAACAACAGAAGGAACGUCUGGUUUGCUGAGUUCUGGGAGGAGAACUUCAACUGCAAGCUCAUGAGUUCCUCCAAGAAAGAAGACACUAGCAGAAAGUGCACAGUGUUUGGGCUGUUUAACCGUGGCCCCGGCCUGCAACAUCAAGCCCCACCCCCCAGCACCCUCCAGCACCCCCAAGAUAUAAUAUGUUCCCGUGGCUAUGAUCUUGGAUGGGCUGAGGGUCAAGAGCGAAUAGGAACAGACUCCAAAUACGAGCAGGAAGGGAAGGUGCAGUUUGUGAUAGACGCGGUGUACGCUAUGGCUCAUGCCCUGCACAACAUGCAGAAGGACCUUUGUCCUGACCAGUCGGGCGUUUGUGGAGAGAUGGAGCACGCUGGUGGCAAGAAGCUCCUCAAGUACAUCCGAUCGGUCAGCUUCAACGGGAGCGCGGGGACGUCCGUCACGUUCAAUCGGAAUGGCGACGCACCCGGACGGUACGAUCUUUUCCAGUACCAGAUGAAUAUCAACAACACUCCCGGAUAUAAAGUUAUAGGACAGUGGACAGAAACUCUCCAACUUCACAUCGAUGAGAUGCAGUGGCCCAAUGGUGAGAUGGAAAUACCCAGCUCGGUCUGCAGUCUGCCCUGUAAGACGGGUCAACGCAAGAAGAUGGUGAAAGGCAUGCCGUGCUGCUGGCACUGCGAGCCCUGCGACGGCUACCAGUACCAGUUUGACGAGACCUCCUGCAAGCUCUGCGCUUACAACAUGCAUCCGAACGCCAAUCGCACUGGCUGCCAGCCCAUCCCGAUCGUCAAGCUGGAGUGGCAUUCGCCCUGGGCCGUCAUUCCCGUCUUCCUGGCUAUGCUCGGCAUCAUCGCCACCACCUUUGUUAUGGCAACGUUCAUCCGCUACAACGACACCCCGAUCGUACGAGCGUCUGGGAGGGAGCUCAGCUACUUUCUGCUGACCGGGAUAUUCCUGUGUUACAUCAUCACGUUUGUAAUGAUCGCCACUCCAGACAUUGCCGUUUGCUCCUUCAGACGAAUCUUCCUUGGACUGGGAAUGUGUAUUAGCUACGCGGCGCUCCUCACUAAGACCAAUCGAAUUUACCGCAUCUUUGAGGAAGGGAAGACGUCGGUUUCUCCACCUAAACUGAUCAGCCCAACAUCUCAGUUAGCCAUCACGUCCAGCCUCAUCUCCGUCCAGCUCUUAGGGGUCCUCAUAUGGUUCGGAGUGGAUCCUCCAAACACCAUAAUCGAUUACGACGAACAGAAGACCAUAAACCCUGAUAAGGCCCGAGGGGUUCUCAAGUGUGACAUUACGGACCUACAAAUAAUUUGCUCUCUAGGAUACAGCAUCUUGCUGAUGGUAACAUGUACGGUUUACGCCAUCAAGACGCGAGGCGUUCCGGAGAACUUCAACGAAGCCAAACCCAUCGGCUUCACCAUGUACACCACAUGCAUUGUGUGGCUCGCCUUCAUUCCUAUUUUCUUUGGGACGGCACAAUCUGCAGAAAAGCUCUACAUCCAGACCACCACGCUGACCAUCUCCAUGAAUCUGUGCGCGUCCGUUGCUCUGGGAAUGCUCUACAUGCCCAAGGUCUAUGUCAUCAUCUUCCACCCAGAGCUCAACGUGCAGAAACGCAAGCGCAGCUUCAAGGCCGUGGCGACAGCGGCCACCAUGUCCUCACGUCUGUCGCACAAACCCAGCGACCGGCCGAACGGCGAGGCCAAAACCGAACUGUGCGAAAAUGUGGAUCCCAACAGUCCGGCUGCUAAGACGAAAUAUGUAAGCUACAAUGACCUUGUGAUCUGAGGUUCUCCAUCACAGGAGGAAGGGAACUGAUGGGGUGUAACAGUGGCACAACACGACUGAUCGCCAGUCAAACGAUUGAGGUUGCACUUGGCGUGAUGGACCUUCGACAAGGCGUUUCUUCUGAUUCUCCAUCGCAGACUUUCUUCAAGGCGCUGAUGAAUCAACAUGGCUUUGGAAUGCUGGGCCUCAAGGUCCUCCUCAUCUUUACAUGUACUUCCAAACUGCAAGUUUUUGCGAUUUUCUGUGCAAAUUUGUGUGGUUCUUUCAACAUUUCGGUUUCCUUCUGCUGAUUUUACGUUUCAGUUGAGCUUUUCUUCUUUGGUUUUCCUUGCCUUUUCUGGAUGCACAUUGUAUUAAAGCCAUAUUCUUCUCUUUGAGAUCUCAUUCCUGGAAUAUUGUUUCUUUAUUAUGAGGAUUUCCGUUGGUUUUCGCCCUUUAACAUGAUAAAUGUGUCACAUUUUUCAACAUUCCCACCGUGUUUGUAAGGGUUUGUAGACCAUCGACUGUGUUUUUAGAGACUUUGAGAGAUGUUGCAUUGGUUUUACAGUGACUAAACCCCGGUGACGAUGGUUUCAGAGUUCUUUUUUAAAGAAAGUGUUCGCGUAGCAGUUGUCAAUGCAUGCUUGAUAUGUUUGAUGUUGAAGUAAAUGAAACUUUCACCACAGUUCCCUCACAAUGGUCUGUUUACAGAUGAUUUUACAAGCCUUUAUUGAUUUCUCUCUUUUUUCCUUCAUGAAUUUCUUAGACAUUCACUCACUCAAGGCAGAAUAUGGCUUUAAUUUGUCUUGGAAUUUUUAUCUGCCCUGGAACUUAUGGAGAAUUGUGCAAAAGAUAUGAAUAUAUAUUUCAAAAAAUCUAUGAAAAAAAAAUAAAAAGCAUGUAUGUUUUAUACUGUUUGUACUAAGUAUAUUCAUGUUGCCCUUGCUGCUUAUGUGCUGAUAUUGUGGAAGACUUUUAUGUUUGGCCACUCAUGCAACUAUAAUGUG